AUGAGGGAGGGGGAUCGAACCACGCGCAUUUGUGUGACGUUGACUCCGAAGGUUUUUUCCGUUUUUUUUUGCACAUUUGCCCGUGUGUGCCCGUCUUUUUUUUUUUUUUUCGUCUUCAAUUUUGUUUCUUGUUUUUGUGGAUGUGAAAUUUUGGGGGAGAGAAGGAAGAAGAGGAACCGGAAGAGGAAGAGAAAAGGGGGUGAGGAAACUAAGUGGUGUGUGUGUGUGUGUGUGAUUAUUGCGGUAUCAUUUAAUUCCUUCUUUUGUGUUCUUUCUUUCUUUCUUUCUUUCUUUUUUUGUUUUUUUUUUCAAUUUUCCCUCUCCCCUUUUUUUUUAUUUUGCUUUAUUUUUCAUUCGGUGCAUUACAGCAAUGAUAGCGGUAUGGGGGAGGGGCGAGUAAAGGCAUUACUUUUUAUUAUUAUUUUUUUCCCCUUCCCCUUCCCCUUCCCGUUAUUAUUAUUAUUAUUGUUAUUAUUAUUAUUACUUUCUUUUGGUGGGGUGGUGGUGUUGCUGUUUUUGCCGUACUGCGGGUGGAGCAAAGUCUGA